AUGAAUGUAUUUGCUGCAAGUCGGCAUGAGGCUAAUGAGCACUUGCAAUUAAAAGCUUCAACACAAGAUGAAACACCAUUGUCAACUGUUUCUGAAACUUCCACAAGAGAGGAUGGACCUGCUGCCUCCAAUGAUAAUGCACUAUCAGAAAAACAAAGUCAGGAGUUUGAAGUUGUUGUCAAACCAGAACCACCUGACAAUGGAUAUGAAAAUAAUAAUCAGACUGUUAAUGGCCAGUCAGACAUGUCUUUAGAAGGUGUGGACAUGAGCCAGCAUGCAGAAAGUUUGCCAAAUAGCUCACCAAUUGAACAAAACCAGUCCUCUUCUGUUCUUUCUUUUCCUCCUUUAGACUCUGCUUCUCCAAAUUUCCAUGUUCAGUCAAGUGGUACCGUCAAGUCGACAUAUGAGGUAACUCUCCAGAGAGCAGCCUCAAAGUUUUCUAUGUCUUCACAGUUAUUUGGAACUGCACUGUCACGGAAAGUACGAGCCUCUGCAAGUUCCUACAGAUGUAAUUGUUCAAUUCCAGGAUAUAAAGACAGUUCAAAUCUUCAUGCAUGUGCAGAUAUAAAUGAAUGUCUGGACAACAAUGCUGGAUGUGAAGAUAGAUGUGAAAACUUACAUGGUUCAUACAAAUGCCGCUGUGAAAAGAAAGGAUAUCACUUAUCCCCAGACAGACAUAAUUGUAAAGAUAUCAAUGAAUGUAAACGAUACAAGAAGGCAUGUCAAGGUGGAAAGUGUUUAAAUACCUUAGGAUCUUAUGUUUGCCAUUGUAAUAAAAGCUUUAUACUUAGUGCCGAUAAAUCUCACUGUAUUGAUAUAGAUGAAUGCAAAGUCAAUAAUGGUGGAUGCAGCAUUGGCUGUGAGAAUUUGAUUGGCUCAUUUAAGUGUACCUGUCCAGAGAACACUUAUACAAUGGCAGCUGAUGGAGUCACUUGCCUUGAUAUAAAUGAAUGUAAAAAAAAUAAUGGCGGCUGUAGCCAGAAGUGUAUCAAUAUCAUAGGCUCAUACAAGUGUGACUGCACAGAACAUGGUAAAGUACUAGCUGAUGAUGGACAUAUUUGUCAGUUCUGUCCUGAAAACACCUAUUAUAUUGGAAGUAACAAGACCUGUAAGAAGUGUCCAGAGAAUUCUUAUACAAAAUCUAAAAGCCAUCUAAGUAUUGAAGAUUGUGUCUGCAACAAAGGAUUUGAAGGAAACCCAAGCCAAGGAAUCACAUGCACAGAUAUAAAUGAAUGCAAUGCACCACUUAACCAAACAAUGGGCUGUGUUUAUGGCUGUGUCAACAUCCCAGGAAGUGCAUUUUGUACCUGCCCAAAUGGUUUUGUACUCCAAGACAAUGGCAAAGACUGCUCAGAUAUUAAUGAAUGUGUUACGGAUAAUGGAGGCUGUCAACAAAUAUGCAUUAAUAUAGAUGGUGGACAUAUGUGUGAAUGCCAUGGACCUGGAUUUCUAUUAUCAGAAGAUAACUAUACAUGCAUUGAUAUUAAUGAAUGCUUACAUGGAUUUGGAUGUGAAUAUGAUUGUUUAAACACAAAUGGCAGUGCUCAAUGUAUUUGCCCAGAAGGUUAUAUAUUAGAAGCUAACCAGAAAAACUGCACAGACAUAGAUGAAUGCCAGCAGACAGACAAUUUAUGUGAUGACAAAUGUGUGAAUACAGAAGGCUCUUAUAAAUGCAUAUGCGGUUCUCCUGGUUUAAAAUUAUCAUAUGACAAACAGUCAUGUAUUGAUAUCAAUGAAUGUGUCGAAGGAUUUAAUCUUUGUGAAGAUCUCUGCUUGAAUACAAUUGGAAGUUUUUACUGUGAAUGUCAAACUGUUGGUUUCAAACUGGCCGAGGAUAACGCAAAAUGUGAAGAUAUUGAUGAAUGUGCUUCUGAUAUUACCAAUGGUUGUGACCAAGUUUGUUUCAAUGUACCUGGUUCUUAUGACUGUGAUUGUCAUCCUGGAUAUUGGAUGGAUGACAAUUUUCAAUGCUCAGCAUGUCCAAUAAACACUUUUCGUACUGCAAAACACCAGCAGUGUGUUCUCUGUCCAACUUUAUCUCAAACUAAUGGAACUGGGAAAACUUCAAUUGAAGAUUGCUUUUGCCGUGAAGGUUACGAAGGAUACCCAGCAGAAAAUAUUGCGUGUACAGACAUUGAUGAAUGUGAAAAUAACACACUUGGCUGUGUGUAUCAAUGUCAUAAUACACAAGGAGAAGCUUAUUGUUCAUGUCCUGCAGGAUUUAAAGUAGCAAAAGAUGGAAAAACAUGUGCAGAUAUAGAUGAGUGUGCACUUUACAAUGGAAACUGUGCCCAGAUUUGUAUCAAUAAUAACGGUUCAUAUGAAUGCCAGUGUAAUGAAGAAAGAUUCUACCUGGCCAAGGAUAAACAUUUAUGUGAAGAUAUUGAUGAGUGUGCUGUUGAAAAUUAUAACUGUUCCCAUAUCUGUGUAAAUACAGUUGGAGGUGCAUAUUGUGCUUGUAAGACUGGUUACAGAUUGCAAAAAGAUAAGAAAACAUGUACAGAUUUUAAUGAAUGUGAAAAAAUGAGAAAUAUAUGUGAUGAUAUAUGUAUCAAUACAAUUGGAUCCUAUAAAUGUUUGUGUAACAAAACCGGUUUUGCUCUACACCACAAUAGAAGAACAUGUGCUGAUAUAAAUGAAUGUAACCAGAAUAAAACAUUAUGCCACCAAGUGUGUAAAAAUACCCGAGGAUCUUACCGCUGCUUAUGUCAUUCUGGAUUUGUAAUGGGUGAAGAUGGAUAUACAUGUGAAGAUUUUGAUGAUUGUGCCUCCGAGGGCACACAUGGAUGUUCAAGCAUCUGUGUUAAUAUUCCUGGUUCAUACAUGUGUGACUGCCCACUUGGUUAUCAACUUAUCUGGGGUAAAGACUGUCACAAAUGCAGCCAUGAUUAUUAUCGCGGUAAAAAUGACACACGGUGCAAGAAAUGUCCAUCAUCUUCAAAUACUAUCAAUGAUGCAAGUGUAUCCAUAGAUGACUGUAUUUGUGCACCAGGUUAUAUCAGAGAUAAGACUGGAAAGAACCAUUGCACAAGCAUUUAUGAAUGUAUGGUAAUUGGCUUGAACUGUACAAUGUCUUGUGAAGUUACAUCAGAAGCACCCCAUUGUGCUUGUUCAAAAGGAUAUGUCCUUGCAGAAAAUAAAUAUGAUUGUGAUGAUCUUGAUGAGUGCAAACAAAAUAAUGGCGAAUGUGAACAAAUCUGUAUCAACACACAUGGUAGUUACAAAUGUGAAUGCGAUGAUGGAUUCCGUCAGUUGCUUGAUGACCCAUCAUCUUGUGAAGAGAUUGACGAAUGUAAGAUGAAUAAUGGCAACUGUACGCACCAAUGUAUCAAUGAAAUUGGCUCUUUCCAUUGUGAAUGCAACACUGGUUACACACUUGAUCAAGAUGGACGCACUUGCCUAAGCCCAACAUGUUUUAAUUUUAAAGCACCAAAACAUGGCAGAGUAGUGACAAAGGUUUGCCAGGAUCCCAAGAAAGAGGACAUUUUUACAGGCCUAAAAUGUCAGGUGGAAUGCUUACCAGGUUAUCAGAUUGAAGGAUUAGAUGUUCGUACAUGUUUGAAGAAUGGCACUUGGUCAGGAAUCCCCCCUACUUGCAUAGAAAUCAAUGAAUGUAAAAUAGACAAUGGAAACUGCGGUCAUAAAUGUGUGAAUGAUGAAGGCAGUUAUCACUGUGAGUGUAACUUUGGCUACACCUUGCAUACAGAUGGACGUACCUGUCUAUCAAAACCAUGUCUUGGUCUUGUGGUUCCUAAAUUUGGUAAGAUAAGACCACAAAAGUGCUUAAAAACAAGAGAGGAUGUAAAAACAGGCACCCAAUGUCACAUUCAAUGCUUUCCAGGAUACAAAAUACAGGGUGACACUCUGCGAAUUUGUCAGGAGAAUAGUACCUGGUCUGGAACUGAUGCUAUAUGCAAAGAAAUCAAUGAAUGUAAAAUAGACAAUGGAAACUGCGGUCAUAAAUGUGUGAAUGAUGAAGGCAGUUAUCACUGUGAGUGUAACUUUGGCUACACCUUGCAUACAGAUGGACGUACCUGUCUAUCAAAUCCAUGCCCUGCUGUUGUAAUUCCAAGUUUUGCCAAAGUAUCACCACCAGAAUGUCUGGGUGAAGAUAUCAAAGCAGGUACCAAAUGUUAUAUCCAGUGCUUCAAAGGUUAUAAAAUACGGGGUUCAUUUUUACGGAUUUGUCAAGCGAAUAGUAUUUGGUCUGGAGUCAAUCCUAUUUGCAAAGAAAUCAAUGAAUGUAAAAUAGACAAUGGAAACUGCAGUCAUAAAUGUGUGAAUGAUGAAGGCAGUUAUCACUGUGAGUGUAACUUUGGCUACACCUUGCAUACAGAUGGACGUACCUGUCUAUCAAAACCAUGUCAUGCUCUGGUAACUCCUGAUUUUGGUAAAGUGUUACCACCAAGAUGUCUCUAUUCAGAUGGAAAUGAUUUGAAAGCAGGUACAAAAUGUAGAGUCAGGUGCUUAAAGGGUUACAAAAUACAUGGUUCCAAAUUGCGUGUUUGUCAGGAAAAUGGUACCUGGUCUGGAGAGGAUGUUGUAUGUAAAGUAAAAGGUUGUUCAAUGUUGGAGCAAAUUCCAAAUGGCUUCACAGAGCCUGCAGAAUGCCAACGGAGAAGAGUGCAUGUAUUAGACUUCUGUCAGAUCAAGUGCAAACCUGGUUAUCGACUGGUUGGAGAGCCAAUAACAGAGUGCCUACAGAUACAGAAAUGGUCAACAAAGCUACCAAAGUGUGAACCAAGUAAGAAAUCUUUUUUGUUUUACCCUUUUUUAAAUGGGAAUCAGUAA